AUGAUGGAGUUUGGCACAGUACAGGAAUGUUCACGCAAAUCUUCUGAGAAUACGGGCAGAAGCCAAAACUCAGCGACGGAAGAAGCAGGGGCGAUGGCGGUUUCAGUAUCGCCGUCGUACGCCGGUACAUAUUAUCCCCUAACGACACUCCUACCUCCCACCACAUCUUCUUUCGUCGACCACAUUCCACCGCCAAAGCACUGGGACGAAUUCUACGAGCGCCAUCAAAACAAGUUUUUCAAGGAUCGACAUUACCUGGAGAAGGACUGGGGGCAAUACUUUUGUGAUGACGACACCAUCCCUUCCGAUGGAAAAAUCAUCUUAGAGGCUGGUUGUGGAGUUGGAAACACAAUAUUUCCACUUAUCAAGAAAUACCCUCAACUUUAUGUCCAUGCUUGUGAUUUCUCUCAUCAUGCUAUCAAUCUUGUUAAGUCAGAUGCAAAGUUUCGUAAAGAUCAAAUGAAUGUUUUUGUUUGCAAUAUUGCCGAAGACGAUCUUUGUGACCACAUUAUGCCCUCAUCUCUUGACAUUGCUACAUUGAUUUUUACAUUAUCUGCGGUUUGUCCUGAGAACAUGCCUAAUCCUAAUGGUGUUGUUCUUUUACGGGAUUAUGCAAUUGGGGAUUAUGCUCAAGAAUUGCUAAUAACCAAGAAUCAAGUUAUUUGUGACAACUUCUAUUUUCGUGGAGAUGGCACUUCUUCGUUCUACUUCUCGGAAGAUUUUUUGUCAAAUAUGUUUGUAAGAGCUGGAUUUAGCAUAGUGGAUGUAAAUACAUACAACAGAGAAAUUAAAAACCGUUCUAAAAAUAUUACAAUGCAGCGGCGAUGGAUACGAGCAGUUUUCAGAAGAUGCUGACAACCGUGGUUCAAUUUCUAUAGCUGUCAUAAUUUGUUCAUCACAUAUUAUAUUAUAUAGUUGAAACAGUAAAGUAUUAGGGUUAUUUUUGUGA